GGACCCACUGCAAUGCAGAGAAGCAGUUAUUCAUCGAAGCAGAGCGAAAACCCUUUCUAAGAUGGCAGAACCCUCAUGUCGCGCAGAUAGCAGCAGGGACCAAGAUGAACUUACCUGCAAAAUCAAGCAACGCUUCGCGGACUUCGGAUCAAAUUGGAUCAGUGUUUGCAACAGUCUGUCAAGCAAGAGACAACCAGAGACAAUUCCCAACCAUUUCGGAGGUUACCAACCAAGUCUCAGAGGGAAGUGUCUGUAUACAGCCAUGGCAAUGGUUGGAACAGUCUGA